AAAUUUAUGUGAUAAAUGAUGACGUCAUAUAACAACAAGAAAGCGUCAAAAUGGCGAAUGUGUGUUUAUAAAUAAGUGUUCUUACGUGCAAUCUACAUUAAUAGUAUAGGGCCAUGCCGAAGAAAGGGAAGAAAGGAACUAAAGGGAAAAAGGGCAAGAAAGGGAAAAAGAAGUCAUGCAAAAAGUCAGUAGCAGACUCAUCGGCAUCAAACGAUCCAAUGGCGCCUUCAUACUUCCAACCGCCACCAAAACCUGGCGAACAGUUGAUUAAACUCCUUACUUCACAUCCAGUAAAUGAAAAAGAAAUUCACGGGGUUAAGGUCUCCACAAGAAUCCUGGACAAUCUCACACCACAAGAAAUCAGAGAUCUCAGGGUUGUUUUUGAGCUCUUUGACACCAAUAAUGAUGGAUUCUUAAGUCCUCCUGAGUUAAGGCGUGCAAUGAAAGCAUUGGGUUUCAAGGUGAAGAGAGAAGAAGCCAAACAGCUUGCAAAUGAUGGAAGUUUGAAAGGACUUGGAAUGCUUGAUUUCAAUGAGUUCCUAGAGACCGUGAUUGACAGACAGGAUCCAGACUCCAUAGAUGCCUACGAUGAAAUCAAAAAGGGGUUUUCAAUGUUUGACAGAGAUAAAAAGGGAGCAAUAUCAUUUGACGAUCUUCAACAAGCCUGUUUAGAUGCCAAGGUUAAAUUUAAGAAAGAAGAGUUGCAGGAAAUGAUUGAAGAGGCAGAUACUAACGGUGAUGGUUUGAUAGACGCGGAAGAAUUCAUGACCAUAAUGCUUCAAACAAACUUGUUCUGAACCCAAAGCAAUAUCUAUGCAUAAAAUGAGGCUUGUUCUGAACUGUGAAAGCAGGAUUACAUGCUCAAAUAUAAAGUGUCAUCUUGAAUCAGUCUGUAAAGGAUGCUAAUCAACUAUAGGCGUAAAGUGCCAUCUUGGAGGAUCCUCUUUAGAAGGCGUAAUAUGAUAUUUGGCAGCAUGUAAAGGAAUUACCUUUUCAUGGGCUUUUGCCAUGACCUUCCUCGUUUAUUAAGAAUCUUUUGUAUGGAAUGACUGUAAAGAAAGAUGACGCUACCUUUGUUUCUGUCAUUCUAAAAUCUUUGUAAUAUUUAUACAUUUUUAUAAAUAUAGGUGUUACUUUUUAUAGCUUAAUAAAUACAGAAAACCCUUGUCAAUAUUGUAUAAAGAUCUUUUAUGAUUCAACUAAAUGUUGUGUCACUAUUAAUUUGUAUCCAUCAUACUUGACGGAUAUAAAAAUACAUUCCACUGAUUUUGUAUCUAUUUAUUGAAUUGGAAAAAGAUAAUACAAUUAUAGACCAUUUUGAAGUAAAUUUGUAAGAUAUAGAAUUGUCCUUGUUUUUUAGCACCAUCAAGAAUGGUCAUCAUGUUCUCAAAUCAAACAUUACAAUAUUAACUUACUUGUGGUCUUUGGACAGAAAUUGUUUUAUACACACAAAACUGCAGAUUAGAUUGAAAGUUAACUUGUUCAGGAUAAAUGCAUCACUGCAUGAUAUCAUGUUUUCAUUCAAAUAUAUAUUCAAUGUGAUAAAAACUUAUUUGUAAUCAUGUAAAGGGUAUUUGAAAGUAUGCUUGCCUUUCAGAUCUGAUGGUUUAUUAGAUUGUAUAAUAACAUCAGUAAAAACGGUACUUUAUAUGUAUGUGUGUUUUUAAGAUCGAUUCUUAUUUGUUCUUACUUCCACUUUUAAACAGGGUUUCCCCAAGCACAAUAUGGCUUGUUGCUGCCAACAUUCAAUCUCAACCAGGAGUGUUAUUGCUACAUCCCUUAAUUGCUGUGAUAUGCCACCUGAUGUGUCAUGAAUAUAAAGCUAAAUACUUACUAAGUGUGAGAGAGGGCCCUGAUCUUGCAGGUCUUAAUUUCACAGUAACCAAAUAAACUAAAAGGUCAAUUCAUCUUGUUUUGCUGGGGUAAACCCUGCUUUCAAAUAUACAGUAUGUUCACAUUUUUAUGUCCCCCACUAUAGUAGUGGGGGACAUAUUGUUUUUGCCCUGUCUGUUGGUCUGUUGGUUGGUCUGUUGGUUGGUCUGUUGGUUGGUCUGUUGGUUGGUUGGUUUGCGCCAACUUUAAAAUUUGCAAUAACUUUUGCAAUAUUGAAGAUAGCAACUUGAUAUUUGGCAUGCAUAUGUAUCUCAUUGAGCUGCACAUUUUGAGUGGUGAAAGGUCAAGGUCAUCCUUCAAGGUCAAAGGUCAAAUAUAUGGGUCAAAAUCGCUCAUUUAAUGUACACUUUUGCAGUAUUUCAAUAUUCAAGAUAGCAACUUGAUAUUUGGCAUGCAUGUGUAUCUUAUGAAGCUGCACAUUUUGAGUGGUGAAAGGUCAAGGUCAAGGUCAUCCUUCAAGGUCAGAUGUCAAAUAUAUGUGGCCAAAAUCGCUCAUUUUAUGAGUACUUUUGCAAUAUUGAAGAUAGCAACUUGAUAUUUGGCAUGCAUGUGUAUCUCAUGGAGCUGCACAUUUAGAGUGGUGAAAGGUCAAGGUCAUCCUUCAAGGUCAGAGGUCAAAUAUAUGUGGCCCAAAUCGCUAAUUUUCUGAAUACUUUUGCAAUAUUGAAGAUAGCAACUUGAUAUUUGGCAUGCAUGUGUAUCUCAUGGAGCUGCACAUUUUUAGUGGUGAAAGGUCAAGGUCAUCCUUCAAGGUCAAAUAUAUGGGUCAAAAUUGCUCAUGUAAUGUCACUUCUGCAAUAUUGAAGCUAGCAAUUUUAUAUUUGAAAUGCAUGUGUAUCUCAUGGAGCUGCACAUUUUGAGUGGUGAAGGGUCAAGGUCAUCCUACAAGGUCAAGGUCAUCCUACAAGGUCAAACGUCAUAUAGGGGGACAUUGUGUUUCACAAACGCAUCUUGUUGUUAAAAGAAUGAUUUGUCAAAUAUUGUUUUUCACUUUAUUUUUACUUUAUGUCAUGUUGCAAUUAAAUAUUACACUCUUUAAAAUUAUGUUUUUGUAGUAACUCUCAAAUAAAGUGAAUGUACAUUCCUGUGCAUCUUAACAAGGCUGUGUUAAUGAUCUGAUCUGGGCUGUGUGAAGGAGCUGAUUUGACCUGUUUGAAGGAGCUGAUUUGGCCUGUUUGAAUGAGCUGAUCUGGGUUGUGUGAAUGAUCUGGUCUGGGCUGUGCAAGUGAUCUGAUCUGGACUGUGUUUCUGAGAUGAUAUGGGCUAUGUGCAUGAGCUGAUCUGGGCUGUGUGAAUCAGAUGAUUUGGGCUGUAUGAAUCAGAUGAUCUAGGCUGUGAGAAUGAGCUGAUCUGGGCUGUGUAAGUGAUCUGAUCUGGGCUUUGUGAGUGAUCUGAUCUGGGCUAUGUGAAUAAGCUGAUCUGUGCUGUGUGAAUCAGCUGAUCUGGGCUGUAUGAAUUGGCUGAUCAGGGCUGUGUUAAUGAGCUGAUCUGGGCUGUUUGAAUAAGCAGAUCUGGGCUGUGUUUAUGAGCUGAUGUGGACUGUGUGAAUCAGCUGAUAUUGGCUGUGUGAAUCAGCUGAUCUGGACUGUGUGAAUUAUCAUAUCAGAGCCAUGUGAAUGAGCUGAUUUGGGUUGUGUGAAUGAUCAUAUCUGGACUGUUUGAAUGAGCUGAUCUGAGCUGUGUGAAUGAGCUAAUCUGGACUGUGUGAAUGAGCUGAUCUAGGUUAUGUAAAUGAUCAGAUCUGGGCCAUGUGAAUGAUCAAAUCUGGGCUUUGUGAAUGAGCUGAUCUGGGCUAUGUGAAUGAUCAGAUCUGGACUAAGUUAAUAGCUGACUGAUGCUGUGUUGAUGAUCAAAUCUGUGUUGUGUGAAUGAUCUGAUCUGGGCAGUGUGAAUGAGCUGAUAUGGGCUUUGUAAAUGAGCUGAUCUGGGCUGUCUGAAUAAUAUGAUUUGGGCUGUGUGAAAGAGCUGAUCUGGGCUGUGUGAGUGAUCUGAUCUGGGCAGUGUGAAAGAGCUGAUCUGGGCUGUGUGAAAGAGCUGAUCUUGGCUGUGUGAAUAAUCAGAUCUGGGCUGUGUGAAUGGGCUGAUCUGGGCUGUGUUAAUCAACUGAUCUGGGCUAUGUGAAUCAGCUGAUUUGGGCUGUGUAAUUAUCAGAUCUGGGCAGUGUGAAUGAGUCUAUCUGGGUUGUGUGAAGGAGCUGAUCUUGGUUUCGUGAAUGAUCAGAUAUGUGAUGAGUGAAUGAGCUGAUCUGAGCCAUGUGAAUGAGCUAAUCUGGAUUGUGUGAAUGAUCCGAUCUUGGCUGUGUGAAUGCGCUGAUCUUGGCUGUGUUAAUGAUCAGAUCGGGGCUGUGUGAAAGAGCUGAUUUGGCUUGUGUGAAGGAACUGAUCUGGGCUAUGUGAAUGAGCUUAUCUGGGCUGUGUGAGUGAUCUGAUCUGGGCUGUGUGAAUCAGCUUAUCAGGGCUGUGCAAAUGAGCUGAUCUGGACAAAAAAUGUGAACUAUCAGAUCUGAGCUGUGUGAAUCAACUGAUCUGGUAUGUGUUAAUGAGCUGAUCUGGGAUGUGUGAAUCAGCUGAUCGGGCUGUGUGAAUCAGCUAAUCCAGGCUGUGUGAAUGAGUUGAUCUGGUCUGUGCGAAUGAUCAGAUUUGGGCUGUGUGAAGGAGCCUAUCUGGGUUUUGUGAAAGAGCUGAUCUUGGUUAAGUGAGUGAUCACAUAUUUAAUAUGUGAAGGAGCUGGUCUGAGCAGUGUGAAUGAGCUGAUCUGGGCUGUGUAAAGGACAUGAUCUGGGCUUCCUUAGUGAGCUGAUCUAGGCUGUGUGAAUCAGCUGAUCUGGGUAGUGUGAAUGAUCUGAGCAGUGUGAAUUAUCAGAUCUGGACUGUGUGAAACAGCUGAUCUGGGCUUCAUGAAACAGCUGAUUUUGGCUUUGUGAAUGAGCUGAUGUGGACUGUGUGAAUGAGUUGAUCCGGGCUGUGUGAAGAAGCUGAUCUGAGCCGUGUGAAUGAUCAGAUCUGGGCUGUGUAAAUUAUCAUAUCAUAUCUGGGCUGUGUGAAUGAGCAGAUAUGUGCUGUGUAAAUUAUCAUAUCUGGGCUAAGUGAAUGAGCUGAUCUGAUCUGCUUCAAUGAGCUAUUCUGGGCUAUGUGAAUGAGCUGAUUUGGGCUGUGUGAAUCAGCUGAUCUGGGCUCUGUGAAUCAGCUGAUCUGGGCUGUGUGAAUGAGUUGAUCUGAUCUGUGUCAAUGAGCUGAUCUGGGCUCUGUGAAUGAGCUGAUUGGGGCUGUGUUAAAUGAGAUAAUCUGGGCUCUGUGAAUCAGCUGAUCUGGGCUGUGUGAAUAAGUUGAUCUGAUCUUGUCAAUGAGAUGAUCUGGGGUGUGUUAAUAAGCUGAUCUGGGCUGUUUGAAUGAGUUGAUCUGGGCUUAGUUAAGGAGCUUAUCUAAGCUGUGUGGAGGAGCUGAUCCAGCAGCAAGAUAAAUAUUAGAGUACGAAUGCAUCCUUGGUAAGUGCUUCGUGUAUAGGAUCACAAUGGGUACAAGUAUGAGGACUGAAAAAUGUAUUGGUGAAGAUUAAUAGUGAUACUUGCCAUUAAUUGCGGAAUGUUACAUUGCAAUAAACAAUAUCAUGUUCA